ACCAGCGCUUGAGCGCUUUUCCGCAAAUAAAUUUUAAUUAUUUGUCCUUCAGUUCCUGGAAAUUAGUUUAUUAAAAAAGAAAGCGUUGUGCUCCAAUAACAAGCAUCGAAUUAGAGAAGUUUGUGCGAAAGAACGGAAAAUCAAGCAUGGAACGUAACUCUACAGAAUCUUCGGAAACAAGUAAUCAAGCAAGCAGCAACGAGAUGCAACAUGAGACCCAGCAAAAGAUUACCUGGGGCAGACUGCGCGGCAUCGUGAACAAAAGUUUAAAACUACUGGAUCUGAACAACGAGGAGUUCUCCGUGGGACGUGGCAGGGAUAAUGAUUUGGUCCUUACACUCGACGAGCUGCCCAAGCACAGCCUGAUACUCGUUUCAAAAGUCCACUUUAUUAUCGAGCUAGCCAACUGUGACCUGAAGAGUCCUGCUUACAUUCAGGAUGCCUCACUAAACGGUACCUUUGUGAAUAGGGAAAAGAUUGGCCAAAACAAGAGGCGCAUUUUGAAUGAUGGCGACGUUAUUUCCUUAUCCCAGACCGCCGACAAUAAAUUUGAGUUCAUGGAUUUCAGGCUGCCGGCGGAGUUAGCCGAAACAUAUAAUGAAGUUUCAGAACUUGGCGCCGGGGGCUUCGGACUGGUGCGUCUGGUCAAAGAUAUUCGCACCGGCCAGCAGUUAGCGAUGAAGAUUGUGAAGAAGAAAAAAGUGUCGAGACGCCGGCGUAGAGCUCCAGAAAUAAACGAGGUCAAUAUCAUGAAGAAUCUAACGCAUCCGUGUGUAGUGCGUAUGCACGACGCUGUUGAAAAUCCCAAGACCGUUUAUAUUCUGCUGGAGGUUAUGGCUGGCGGCGAUCUCCUUGAACGGAUAGUUAGCAACACGUAUCUGAGCGAGGAGCUAUCUAAACUGUACUUUUACCAACUCUGUCAUGCAAUUAAGUAUCUUCAUGACCGCAACAUAAUCCACCGCGACCUCAAGCUGGAAAAUAUCUUGCUGGAGACCAAGGACGAGGAGACUCUCCUGAAGGUGUGCGAUUUUGGACUGAGUAGGGUUGUGCGGGACGGCGUUAUACUUGUUUACACAAAAAAAGUGGAUAUCUGGAGCUUGGGAGUAGUACUCUACUGCUGCCUGAGCGGAUCGUGGCCCUUCGGUUCAAUAAACGGCUCUCCAUUUACCGAUCAAAUAGAGAAGGGAGAGUUCACCUAUGAUUCACCGUCAUGGGAGGAAGUUUCCCAUGAUGCGAAGCUUCUCAUUAACGAAAUUUUCACUGUGGACCCCAAAAAUCGGCCAUCAAUCAUUGACCUUUUGCAAAACAGAUGGUUUUGUGACGCGCCAAUGCAGCUGAAAGCUAAAAGGCUAAUGAAACUCGAAAGCGUUGCAAGUGAGGAAAGUGUGCUGCCCAUUCAACGUUGGAGUGUUUGACAACCUUCGAGUUUUUAUAAAUUUAAAGCUCCA